CUGGCCCGGGCGCGCGCCCGCCGCCCCUCCCCCCCGCCACGGGCGGCCGCGCAACUUGCGGCCAAACUUUCCCCCCGGCUUCCAGCGCUCGGAUGGCGGCCCUCUGAGUUGGCCGCAGCCCUCGGCCGAGCGGCGGCCAGGCCGGAGGGCGUCCCCUGCGCAGCCCGGUCCGGGCCAUGGCCCGCACGCCCCCACCGGGGCCCCCGGGCGGUGGGGCGCGAGUCCUCGGGGUCCCGGGCCCGCGUCUCUAGCGCGCCUCCCCAGGGCCUGGGCCCGGCCCCGCGCACGCGUGGGAAAGUUGGCCUGGAACCGGCCCGACCAGUUCCGCCCGAGCGCGCGGACCGGCCGCAGGAAGUUGCUGCAAAACUUUUUUGGGGGGUGCAGCCUGUGCCCCCCGCGCGCCGGGCCCGGAUGCGCGCCGGAUAGCGUCCCCCGGGCCAAGAGGGCUGCCCGGAGGGAGGAUCGCGGAAGGGGCGCCCCGGCCCCGCUGCCCUGGGGCUAUGGCCAUGGUGACCGGCGGCUGGGGCGGCCCCGGCGGCGACACGAAUGGCGUGGACAAGGCGGGUGGCUACCCGCGCGCGGCCGAGGAAGACUCGGCCUCGCCCCCCGGCGCCGCCAGCGACGCCGAGCCGGGCGACGAGGAGCGAUCGGGGCUGCAGGUGGACUGUGUGGUGUGCGGGGACAAGUCGAGCGGCAAGCACUACGGCGUCUUCACCUGCGAGGGCUGCAAGAGCUUUUUCAAGCGGAGCAUCCGCCGCAACCUCAGCUACACCUGCCGGUCCAACCGUGAUUGCCAGAUUGACCAGCAUCAUCGGAACCAGUGCCAGUAUUGUCGCCUCAAGAAGUGCUUCCGGGUGGGCAUGAGGAAGGAGGCGGUGCAGCGAGGCCGCAUCCCACCCUCGCUGCCCGGCGCUGCGGCCGCCCCCGCGGGUAGCCCUCCGGGCUCGGCGCUGGCGGCAGCGGCUGCGGCGGGCGGAGAGCUGUUCCCGGGGCAGCCGGUGUCGGAGCUGAUCGCGCAGCUGCUGCGCGCUGAGCCCUACCCCGCGGCGGCCGGGCGCUUCGGCGCGGGCGGCGCAGCGGGCGCCGUGCUGGGCAUCGACAACGUGUGCGAGCUGGCGGCGCGGCUGCUCUUCAGCACGGUGGAGUGGGCGCGCCACGCGCCCUUCUUCCCCGAGCUGCCGGUGGCCGACCAGGUGGCGCUGCUGCGCCUCAGCUGGAGCGAGCUGUUCGUGCUGAACGCGGCGCAGGCGGCGCUGCCCCUCCACACGGCGCCGCUGCUGGCCGCCGCCGGCCUGCAUGCCGCGCCCAUGGCCGCAGAGCGCGCCGUGGCCUUCAUGGACCAGGUGCGCGCCUUCCAGGAGCAGGUGGACAAGCUGGGCCGCCUGCAGGUCGACUCAGCAGAGUAUGGUUGCCUCAAGGCCAUCGCGCUCUUCACGCCAGAUGCCUGCGGCCUCUCAGACCCAGCCCAUGUGGAGAGCCUGCAGGAGAAGGCGCAGGUGGCCCUCACCGAGUACGUGCGGGCCCAGUACCCAUCCCAGCCCCAGCGCUUUGGGCGCCUGCUGCUGCGGCUGCCUGCCCUGCGUGCCGUGCCCGCCUCGCUCAUCUCCCAGCUUUUCUUCAUGCGCCUGGUGGGCAAGACGCCCAUUGAGACACUGAUCCGCGACAUGCUGCUGUCGGGAAGUACCUUCAACUGGCCCUACGGCUCGGGCCAGUGACUGUUAUGAUGCUGAAUGGCUAUGGCCGGGUCUGCAGACCUCAAGGGACAUGGAUGCUGAGGCCUUGAGGGGGUGUCCCCCACCCCGGGCAGAGUACCCUGGCUUUUCUUCUCAGACUCCUAACUCCUCUGUUUUUUAAAGACUGUGAAAUGUUUGUCUUUUUUCUGUUUUUUAAAUGAUCACAAAACCAAAAAGAGACGAUCGCCCAGAACCUCUGGCCAGGUUGCGGGUGAGGGACGGAGGGUUGAAUCCUGGGACAGCCUUGUCCCUCAGUGUCCCAAGCAUGAACCCGUGGGACAGUGGGGUUGGCUUCUCUGACAUGAUGGACAAAGGCCUGGUGUCUGGACCAGAGGGGCAGGGGUAACGUGCACCAGGCGGUCCUCUGGACAUGUGACCACGUUGGACACUACAUGAAUAAGUCAAGGCCAAUAAUAAAGAUGUUUCCUACCUGCA